UUGUAUUACAUGUUACUACGAACGUCUUGUUUACCUGUUUUGUCUCUAGCAACUAGCCCCUAGCAACAGUUGACAUAAAGAGUCGGUCGUCAGGACUCACCCUCAGUACACCGUGCAACAGCAUUUCUGUGACGAACGACGUGCAAGCGUCUCUUUCGAUUAAUUUGUAUUUUAACGCAUAGAUAUACUCUUGCUUUCCUAACAUCUGAGGAAGAUGUACAAGCUAGAUUUGCCUAUUGAUCUGAAAGAAGCCGCCGCGAUUGAGCGGCGGCGAGACCUGGAAAUACAGCGCCAGAAUAGGAUUUUUAACGCCAAAGUUCGUACGAUUGGGGUUGACUUGAAAGCUUUAGAAGAGCAAACUAAAGAUAGACAAAUACAAGAAGGUAGAGAAAAGAUGAGAGAAGAUGCAUUUGCUGCUGAUAUGGUGAGAAAUGACAAAAUUGCUGAACUGUUGACAAGACGUCAGGAACAAGAUAUUCGUAAUCUCAACAUGGCACUGAACGACUUCCGCAAAAUGCAACAGCAACCAGAAAGUCGACGUGAGUGGGACUUGAAUGAUCCUGAUGCCAAGUUAAAGGACAAACCAGCAAGAGUAAGCGAUGACGAUCCUCGAUGUGGCACUUCAGGCUUGCAGAAAUUUGACGGAGAAGAUCUUAACAACAAAGCCAGACAAAAACUAAUGCAGGAACAGCUGAGAGAAUGGAGUAAAAAACAGGCUCAGGAGAAAAAAGCUGCGGAAGCUAGACAAAAAGAAGCUGAUCGAUUGUAUGAACUGAAAGCACGUGAGCUUGAUCAGCGUGCCUUGGAAUUAGCUAAAGCAGAAGAAGAAUGUAGACGUAAUAUUAAUUUAGCUACAAAAGACUAUAAUAAAGCAUUGGCUGAUGAAAGGAGUGAGAAGGAAAGACUGGCGAAAGAGCAAGAACUAGAUGAUAACUUCACUGAAAUCUCCAACCACAUAUAUGGCGAUGUUCUCACUGAAAAUCCAGACGUUGCUCAGAGCGCCUUUGGCCCACACCGUGUGAUCACUGACAGAUGGAAGGGCAUGUCACCUGAAGAUCUUGAAGAAAUCCGUCGCAUCCAAGAACUGCAGAGGCAAGAGAGGAAAAGACUGGAAGAUGACAAGAAAUCCCGGGAUGCAGAGUGGGAAAAGCAGAGGCUAGCAGAUGCCAGGGCUGGUGAAUUAAUGGAAAGACAACAGGACAGAAUGAGGAAAGAACUUGACAAACAACAAGUUGAACAAAAUGCUAAGUUAGCAGCAGAGCAACAAGCACACCAAGAGUUCUUAGAAAAAGAAGUUUACACAAAUCCACCAACUGCAGCAUACUUUCAACAGUGGAAUAAAACAAGUAGAUAGGUGUUUUCUGAAUUAAAAAAACUGUAAAUAUUAUUAAGCUAUGUUUCAUUUUAAUUUGAACUGUUAUCUUAACUGUUUGUUAUGUCAAAUAUUGAAGAUAUCCUGUCACUUACUGCACGUCCAGUGUGAUCCAUUAUGUUAUGUUUCUCUUCUUAAAUAAUUACAAGACAUUCAUUUUGUUACCAAUGGUUACAUUUGUCUGAUAAUGCUUUUAUUAAAAUUAGUUAGAUGUAUUAUUUGGUUUCAGCCCCAACCUCCCUCCCUGGAAUAUUUAAUAGAUUUUUUAUGUGAGAGAAUUAUUUUGGCAAAUAAACUUUUUCACAGAAAUUAA